AUGGACAUGAAUAUCCACAUGAACAAUGCCUCAUACAACAAGAAUCUCGAUUACGCCAGGAUAGAGUUCUUGGCCAUGAUGUUUGGCAAUUAUGGAAGAGACGUCAAGUUUGCGAAUGCUGGCGUUCAGUGCUUCUUCUUAAAGGAAAUCAAGCCAUGGACCAAGUAUACUAUGAAGACUCGUUUACGAACUUGGGGACCAAAAUGGUUUUACUUGGAAGCCCGGUUCGAGUCUGGCUCGACACUCCACGCAUUCAGUAUCGCCAAGUUCUGUAUCAAGGAGAAGAAUGGCAAGACUAUACCCUUUGAGGAUUUCCUGAAACAAGCUGGCUUCACCGUCACUGAAGACGAUUUGAAACGACGAGAAGCUAAUUAUCCGACUGCUGAAGGACUCAUGCAAGCUGAAGAACAUUACUUGGCCACCACAUCGACCAUUAAGAGCUUGUAG